AUCGCAUGCAUGACAUACCGAAAAGGAGAGAAAAUGACCAUAAGCAUCCAGGAGCAUAUGGCUAUUGACGUGUGCCCAGGUCCCAUCAAGCCCAUCAAGCAGAUCUCCGACUACUUCCCUCGUUUCCCCCGUGGCAUCCCGGCCGUUGUCACCCGAAGUAACUCCCUGAAGUCUAACGUGAGCCAGCCAUCUGUCAGUCCUUCAGAAAGUUCCAGGGAGGAAGAAGAGGAUGUGGACAAAUUGUUUGGGGCAUAUGGAGCUGCUUCUACUACCACUACUUUCACCAGCCUACCUUCCAAGCUUGAGGAUGAGGUGGACCUGGAUGGGUAUGAAUCAGAUGAUUGCACCACUCUAGGCACACUGGAUUUUAGCUUGCUGUACGAUCAUGAAAACAAUGCUCUGCACUGCACAAUCAAUAAAGCAAAGGGCCUUAAACCAAUGGAUCACAAUGGACUGUCUGACCCAUAUGUUAAAUUACAUUUACUUCCUGGUGCUAGUAAGGCAAACAAAUUACGAACAAAGACCUUAAGGAAUACGCUUAACCCCACAUGGAAUGAAACGCUAACAUACUAUGGGAUCACAGAUGAAGAUAUGAUUCGUAAAACUAUCAGAAUUUCAGUAUGUGAUGAGGAUAAAUUCCGCCACAAUGAGUUCAUCGGUGAAACAAGAAUUCCUCUGAAAAAACUGAAGCCCAAUCAAACCAAAAAUUUUAGCAUCUGUCUAGAAAAACAGCUACCUAUAGAUAAAACAGAAGAUAAAUCUUUGGAGGAACGUGGAAGAAUUCUUAUAUCCUUAAAAUACAGCUCACAAAAGUCAGGGCUCCUGGUAGGCAUUAUGAGAUGUGCUCAUCUAGCAGCUAUGGAUGCCAAUGGGUAUUCCGACCCCUAUGUAAAAACAUACUUGAAACCAGAUGAAGACAAGAAAUCAAAACAUAAAACUGCUGUGAAGAAGAAAACGCUGAAUCCAGAGUUUAAUGAGGAAUUUUGUUAUGAAAUAAAACACAGUGACCUUGCAAAAAAGACUUUAGAAGUCACAGUCUGGGAUUAUGAUAUUGGAAAAUCAAAUGACUUUAUAGGUGGAGUUGUAUUGGGAAUCAAUGCAAAAGGAGAACGUCUUAAACACUGGUUUGACUGCCUGAAAAACAAAGACAAGAAAAUUGAACGCUGGCACACGUUAACAAAUGAGCUACCAGGAGCUGUUCUCAGUGACUGA